AUGGAGGCUCUCUACAAAAAACUCUACGCUAAAUACACCAAACUCAAGACUAACAAACUCUCUGAGUUCCAUGAGCCCGCCAAGGAACAAGAACACAAAUUCCGCAAAUUCGUCUCUGCUUCGGAACAGUUGAUAGAUCACUUGAGAAAUGAAUAUGACAAGGUUCUGGAACACAACAAUGAUUUGGUAAAUGAAUUGACUUCGAUUAGGCUUGCCAAAGACAAUCAACUGAUUGAUCUACAAAAGCUUUUAGGAGAGGAAACCAAAAAAAGUGAAGCUCUUCUUGAAGAAGUUGAGAAGUUGCAAAAGCUUCUGAAAGAAGGAACUUUGAAGGAAGGAACUUCUGGUGAUUUAAAUAACAGCAAUAAGAUCAAGAGCAAUACUUCCAAUAACUCAUCUGUAAGAAUGACAAGAAAACGUAUGAGACAGGAACAAGAUGCAUUGGACAAAGAAGCGAGGAUUAUACCAUUUCCAUGUGAAGUUGAUGAAGGUAAUUCUGUGGAGAGAGAGUCAACCCGAAGCUUUCUCAAGGAGAAUGCUUCCAGUAAGCUGCUGGAGCCUUCUACGUCUAAGGUUAAUGAUCAAUCAGGUUCAUGCAUUGAUUUACAAGAAAGUGGUCAUAGUAGUUGGCUUGCUCAUGCUCUUUUUGAGUAUACAUUGGGUAUGAAGUUAUCCUUUGACAAUCAAACUGGACGAUCAUGUCUUUUUGCAAAUCAAUCAACCGGUUUCUCCUUCAGUUUAUCAUGGAUUGGCAAAACCCCCGGAGAGGAAGCCGGAGACGAUGCAGAACUGCUAUACCAAGUAGAAUCUCUAGGCAUGCUUGAAAGAUUAGUACCAGAAUGGAUGGCGGAAGACAUCAAGUUCAGCCCAACCAUGUGCCCCAUCUUCUUUGAAAGAGUAUUGCGAGUUAUCAAUUUGAAAUACUGA